AUGUAUGUGUAUAAAUAUAGCUUUUAAACUCAGAACUCUUGAAGUCAUCUCCAUCCUGACUCAAUUUCCAGCUAAUCAAGAGGUUUGGCACUGGAUAUUUAUUUUCUUUAAGGUCACUCCACCCAUUUGGGAAAUUUUAAGUAUUUCUCUUUUCAUUGGUUCUCCCUGGCUUUUGGAGUGUGUGAAUAACUGCUGCAAGGAAUGUGGCCUUGCUAGUCAGGAAGUUGGAUUUUAACGUUUCCUCUUGUGCUCAGAAGCUUGGCUUUUGUGCUUUUGAACAGAGUAUGAUCCUUGGGACGGUCCUGUUACCUUCUAGUAGUUAUGCCAGAGAACAAGACAAGUUGUUUUGCUGCCUGUACAAUGAAGCAUCCGAAACUGAUUUACCCAACUUGAGAGAAGCCCUUCACCGUCCGUAUGGCUGUGAAGCUGAAUCCCAGGCACUGAAUGAAGCCAUCAGAUGGAGCUCCAAGGAGAAUUUGCUUGGAGCCACUGAGAGUGACCCCAAUCUCUUUGUUGCACUUUAUGAUUUUGUUGCAAGUGGUGACAACACACUCAGCAUCACCAAAGGUGAAAAGCUCCGAGUCCUAGGUUACAACCAGAAUGGUGAGUGGAGUGAGGUACGCUCUAAGAAUGGGCAAGGGUGGGUGCCAAGCAACUAUAUCACCCCAGUGAACAGCCUGGAGAAGCAUUCCUGGUACCAUGGGCCAGUGUCCCGAAGUGCAGCUGAAUAUCUGCUUAGCAGCCUUAUCAACGGCAGUUUCCUUGUGCGGGAGAGUGAAAGCAGCCCAGGGCAACUAUCCAUCUCGCUUAGGUACGAGGGACGUGUAUAUCACUACAGGAUCAAUACCACCACAGAUGGAAAGGUGUAUGUGACAGCAGAAAGCCGAUUUAGCACUUUGGCAGAGCUUGUUCAUCAUCACUCUACGGUGGCUGAUGGGCUGGUGACAACCUUGCACUAUCCAGCACCAAAGUGCAAUAAGCCUACAGUCUAUGGAGUGUCCCCUAUCCAUGACAAGUGGGAAAUGGAACGAACUGAUAUCACCAUGAAGCACAAACUUGGGGGUGGCCAAUAUGGCGAGGUAUAUGUUGGUGUCUGGAAGAAAUACAGUCUUACCGUUGCUGUGAAAACACUGAAGGAAGAUACCAUGGAAGUGGAGGAAUUCCUAAAAGAAGCUGCUGUGAUGAAGGAAAUCAAGCAUCCUAAUCUAGUACAGUUGCUGGGUGUGUGUACCUUGGAACCACCUUUUUACAUAGUAACUGAGUACAUGCCAUAUGGAAACCUGCUCGACUACUUGCGGGAGUGCAACCGGGAGGAGGUGAGCGCUGUGGUGCUGCUGUACAUGGCCACACAAAUCUCCUCGGCCAUGGAAUACUUGGAGAAAAAAAACUUCAUCCACCGAGAUUUAGCAGCUCGAAAUUGCUUAGUUGGAGAGAAUCAUGUAGUCAAGGUUGCUGAUUUUGGCUUAAGUAGAUUAAUGACUGGAGACACCUAUACUGCUCAUGCUGGAGCGAAAUUCCCUAUCAAAUGGACAGCACCAGAAAGUCUGGCCUAUAAUACUUUCUCAAUUAAAUCAGAUGUUUGGGCUUUUGGAGUACUGUUAUGGGAAAUUGCAACCUAUGGGAUGUCACCAUAUCCAGGUAUUGACCUUUCUCAGGUCUAUGAUCUGUUGGAGAAAGGAUAUCGAAUGGAGCAGCCUGAAGGGUGUCCACCAAAAGUCUAUGAACUUAUGAGGGCAUGCUGGAAGUGGAGUCCUUCUGACAGGCCUUCUUUUGCUGAGACACAUCAAGCUUUUGAAACUAUGUUUCAUGAUUCCAGCAUUUCUGAAGAGGUAGCUGAGGAGCUCGGGAGAACAGCUUCCUCUUCAUCCAUCGUGCCGUACCUGCCUCGGUUACCCAUACUUCCUUCCAAGACCAGGACCCUAAAGAAGCAGGCAGAGAACAAAGAGAAUAUAGAUGGAACCUCAGAUUCUGCAGAGCCCUCAGCCUCCAGCUCAGCACCAGGGUUCAUUAGAAGCGCACAGCCGCCCAGCGGAUCCCCAGCGUUGCCCCGCAAACAGAGAGACAAAUCACCCAGCAGCCUCUUGGAAGAUGCCAAGGAGACCACUUUUACCAGGGACCGAAAAGGGGGCUUCUUCAGUUCCUUCAUGAAGAAGAGGAACGCCCCCACGCCCCCCAAGCGCAGCAGCUCCUUCCGUGAAAUGGAGAAUCAGCCCCACAAGAAGUACGAACUCACUGGGAACUUCUCCUCCGGGGCUUCUCUGCAGCACGCCGAUGGCUUUGCUUUCACUCCUGCCCAACAAGAGACAAACCUGGUCCCUCCCAAGUGCUCCGGGGGCAGUUUUGCCCAGAGGACUUUGUGUAGCGAGGACGGGAGUGAAGGAGAAGGUGGAGGGGGGGGGAGUGGAAGCGCGGGGGGUGGGUGGUCAGGCAUUACCGGCUUCUUCACACCUCGGUUAAUCAAAAAGACACUGGGAUUACGAGCGGGGAAGCCCACCGCUGGAGACGAGGCUUCCAAGCCUUUUCCAAGAUCCAACUCUACGUCUUCCAUGUCCUCAGGGCUUCCGGAGCAGGACAGGAUGUCCAUGACUCUUCCCAGGAACUGCCAGAGGUCCAAAAUCCAGCUGGAAAGGACGGUGUCCGCCUCUUCCCAGCCAGAGGAGAGCGCGGGGCGGCAGGUGGCGGAGGAAGGUACCGCCCUCUCCCGAGACCGACCCAAAGCCAAACUGCUGCCCAGGAGUGCGGCGGCCCCUCCCCUCCGGGCUGCCUCGGGGGACGGGGCGGCGGCAGAGAGGGAGGCGGCAGGCUCAGGGGCCAGCGCUCUCCCUAAGAGCAAGGAGAAGAACGGUGUGGCCAGGCUGGCCAUGGCGGGGCUCCCCGAGGACGCGGAGAGGCCGGGCUGGCCCUCCCCGGCCAAGGCCGCUGCGGGCCUCCCGACCACUCACAACCACAAAGUGCCAGUGCUCAUUUCCCCCACCCUGAAGCACGCCCCAGCCGACGUGCAGCUCAUCGGCACCGACUCGCAGGGGAACAGAUUCAAGCUCCUCUCGGAGCAUCAGGCCCCGGCAGCCCCCGACAAGGACCGGCCCCGGCGCGUGAAACCAAAGUGCGCGCCUCCCCCGCCCCCGGUGAUGAGGCUUUUACAGCACCCGCCCCCGUGCCCAGACCUCCUGGAAGAGCAGCACGCCCCUGCCGGAGGGCCUCCUGGAUCGGAAGUGCCCGAAGGGGGGAAAAAGGCAGCCGCCACGGCCCCUGUGGGCACGAAAGCCGGGAGGCCCGCGAUGCCUCCACCUCAAGUGCCUCUGUCCGCCUGUCCCACGUCACCGGCGAAAAUGGCCAACGGCACGGCAGGCACCAAAGUGGCGCUGAGGAAGACCAAGCAGGCGGCCGAGAAGAUCUCGGCGGACAAAAUCAGCAAGGAAGCCCUGCUGGAAUGCGCAGACCUGCUGUCCAGUGCCAUUACGGAGCCCAUGCCCAACAGCCAGCUGGUGGACACCGGGCACCAGCUGCUGGAUUACUGCUCAGGCUACGUGGACUGCAUCCCACAGACUCGCAACAAGUUCGCUUUCCGGGAAGCUGUGAGCAAACUGGAACUCAGCCUGCAGGAGUUGCAGGUGUCCUCCGCCGCCGCUGGCCUGCCCGGAACGCAUCCCGUCCUUAAUAACUUACUGUCGUGCGUCCAGGAGAUCAGUGACGUGGUCCAGAGGUAGCUACUGCCAGCCUGGCGGGAAGGCCCGCGUCGGGGUGGGGAGGGAGAGGAGGGACUCGUUUUCCUGUGUUCUUGCUUUCACACAGAUGAAAGACUGAUACUUGAGUGAGUUCUUGUGAAGUACCUCAGAUCACUGAGUUCUCACGUUUACAGGUUCAUCUCAGACGUUACAAACAUACACAACGGGCAGGGAGGGGAAGAAGCGGGGCUGGGGAUGGUAGGCAGGGUCUAGAAGCUGGAGAGGCGGCCUGUCGGAAAUCGCCCUCAUUGAAAAAUCAGGUAACGUGUGUGUGCUGCACCAGAGAGAGAAGUCAGACCCACUUCUUCUGGUGCUGGGUGGGCUUGUCCAUCCUGGGCAGGGACGGGUCUCAUCUCAGUAAGGGGUCAGGGACCUUCCCUGAAGCCCGCAACACUGGAGUGGCUGCGAGGCUCUGGCACUGGACAAAGGGGUUCAGCCUCUAGGAGUUUUAGGGGAAAGGAUCCCGUCUCUUUGGACAUGUAGUUGUGAUCCGAAGGGGAGACUGGGUCAGGAGAAGAGGCUGAUGCCUUGAGAAUGGGGUCCUCCACAGCUGUGGGAGGUGGCUGCUAAAAUUGUUUCCACAAGGUGUCGUUGCUCCUGCCUCACACCUGCAACCGGCUCAGAACCACGGCCCUCUCUGUGCUCUCCCCCCUUUACUCCAUCAUGUGUCUGUGGCUGGCAGGUCUAACCAGGGCCCCUGUGGCUGGCAGGGGUGGUCUCUCCUUGCUCAUAUGGCCCAGAUGCCUUCACUAAGGCCUCAGAAUCGCCACCCUGCUAGUCAGUGUCAGCAAACCAUGGGCAUCAUUUUGCCAGUGGUUUCCUUCAGUCCCUUUUUGAGUAAGAUGCCCUUUCCCUUCUUUAUUAGCACUUGGAAUAUUAACACAAUAACUGGGUGUGUCAGUUGUCAGGUUGCAAACCUCCAGAGGAUUCCUUUUCACUGCUGCACCUAUCAUCGUGAUGUAUUUUCCCUGUCUCUGCACCUAUCAUCGUGAUGUAUUUUCCCUGUCUCUGCCUCUCUCCUUUCUCUGUCUCCCUCUCCUUUUUUCCCCUCUUCCUCUCCCUCCCUCUGUCUCUGUCGCUCUCUCUCUUCCUUUUUCUUUCUCUCUCUCUCUCUCUCUCUCUCUCUCUCUCUCUCUCUCUCUCUCUCACACACACACACACACUCUCAUACACACAGACAACACACACAAUUCUUUGGCUCAGGUGGUUAAGGUACCUGAGAUGCUGUUUGGUUUCAACUUCCUAAUGUACUGUUGGGGAAGGAAUAUGUUCAGGAGUUUGACACACUUUUCUGAAAGCUCGCUAUAGUAAUAAUAGCUAAAGUUCGUUUAGCUCUUUGAAGUUUUACAAAGGACUUAAAACUUUCAGGCCCAUACAUGGGUUUGUAGCUCCGUCUCUAAGGUUCAUCUAGAAGAUCAGAUCAUUUUGAAAAUCCUGUUGGGUUCUGAUUUUUCCCCCAACUCUCCACUAGGUUGUCUUUCCUAGGAGACUCAACUGUCGUUGCCUCUCAGGGCCAGUGUGCCAGCCUUGGUGAGUGAAGGACAUCUUCCUGUCCAUGAGCUUUUACUUUCUUGGGACUUUCUAGGGUAUUCAGUCAACAUCACCAGAGCCAGUUCUUACACGUGCUGCUAUUUAGCAUCUGCCUCUCACGUUUGUCCUGACUGAUGGAGCUGUUUGUUUGUAAGAAUCAGAUUGAAAAUGUUUGUCUUAUCAUAGCAUUUUAUCCCACUUGAGGCAUCCAGAACUUCAGGGAACUGUUCUUUCCAGGAAAAUAUUAUUUAGAGCCAGGGAAUUUGGGUUGGAAUUAGAACUUAGAAUUCUGCCCUAGAAAAGAAGAGUACAUUUUCCUUUACUUUUAAGAUUUAAGUGGGGAAGCUAAUUAGAAUUCAACAAAUGUGAAUCAGAGGAAUGAGGUGUUAUUAAUCCUGUAAAGAGAAGACCGAUACCUUUCUGCUACAUGCUCCAUCCAAACCUGUCCUAAUCCUAUUAGGAGUGGAAUUCCUAUUUUGCAACUUUUUUUUUUUCCCAGUGGAAUAUUAUCUUAGGUCUAUAAUAUUAGAGUCAAAUGUUCAGUACUGAGUUUUCCUUCCAUCACUGAUUAGCUGUCACAAGCUUGUUUUUUCAUCUUUUAAUUGAAGAUAUAUGUUUUCUAGGGGAUUAUUAGAAUUUUCUCUUUUAAAAGACCUUUAGUCCACAGUGCUUUCUUGGAUGUUUUGUUUUUUUUUCUUUUCAUGCUUUGAUACCAACUGUUAAUGAAAUUUAGAAUUGUGCUGAAUAUUGCUAGAAUUGUAAGGGGCCACAAUGUUUUAGUUGGAGGUUUAGGUCUUUGACCAGAGAAAGGGGAAUGCUGUUUUUAAUUAAAAGGAAAGCAAAUUGGGUUAUUUUAGUCACCAUUGGAAAGAAACAAGGUCUAAAAGAAACAUGAGAGGAAGAAAAAAAGCAUUCUGUUUUUCUUUAAUAUAUUUUUGUAAUGUCAUUCUUCCCAGUACUUGCCCAGUAUAGUACAUGCAAUAUGUAACUAAAUUAAUUUAACUUUUUCUUCCUUGGAGUCCAUACCUCACAUCAGACAUGUAAAGAACAAAGCAUCAUUACCUCGGGAAAAGGAGGCAAAAUUUUUUGAUUCCUGAAUUAAAGUUUUUCCUAACA